AUGGAGACCAAAUGUAUUAAGCCAUCGGCAAAUUGGUUUUCUUCUCGAGGAAGUGCCACCCAAAUAUCACAAGAACUGGCUAAUAUUACAGCACCGGAGGAUCUAAAAUCAAAGAGCGAAGAAUCCACCAAUAAACAGGUGAUACUCGCCCUUUAUGAAGCCUUAGCCUCACGUGACGCUCACGAGGUUAAGAAAAAACUUGCUUCUGAGCUUGAGUGGUGGUUCCAUGGUCCGCCAUCACAUCAGUUUCUCAUGCGUCUUCUUACUGGAAUUACAUCAGACGAUCAAGAUUCAUCCUCCGUUUUUACGCCUCAAUCUAUUGUUGCCUCCAAUUCUCUUGUUAUAGCUGAAGGUUGUGAUCAUAGCCGUUCAAUCUCCUGGGUUCAGGCUUGGACGGUUACUGAUGGGAUAAUUACUCAAGUUAAGGAGUACUUGAAUACUUCGGUUACUGUUACUCGUCUUGGAAAUAAUAGUAAGGUUGCUACUGCGUCGUCUGAACAAAAUCAGAUUCGUCAUCAUUAUUCUCAUCCUCUUUGGGAGAGUAGUGUUGCAAAUCGGGGUGGUAAAUCGAUUCCCGCGCUUUGA